AUGAGCAACGAAGUAAAGGACGAAGCCGACAACAAGAAGUUCUACUUGGUGGUAGCUCGUCAUGGCGAACGAUGGGACUACGUGCAGCGAAAUGCUGGGCAUGGGGCGGAUUGGAUCGCUACAGCCAAGCGUCCCUGGGAUCCACCGCUCAGUCCCUUGGGAUUGAAACAAGCCUCUCGAUUGGGAAGUCACUUGAUGGAAAAGCUGGCCGAACUCAAGUUGCCUCCCAUUGCGGCUUGCUAUUCCUCGCCAUUUUUGCGAUGCCGACAAACGUCGUGUCAGGCGGUCGAAGCCAUGAUGAACGGUGGCACUGCUACAACGGCGGAGACUAGUGCACCAUUGAAGGUCCAAAUUGAAAUUGGUCUUUCCGAAAGUCUGAAUAAGAGCUGGUACCGAUCCUGGGCUCUUCCUGGAGCUGACAGCACUUGGGGAUUUGUACCUCCUGAAGAAAAGCAACCAGGCAAGAGACGACGAGGCCUGAAUGAAUACUCACCGGAAGAGUUGCAUCUGAGCUCCCGAGUCCCUGCUCCAGAACUAUUGACGUGGAAAGAGGCCACCCACGAGAGCUCACCCAAUCUACAAACCCUGCAAGAUAUGGAGUACCAAUCGACCACUGCCAUAUGCAAACCAUUUGCUCUCAGGCCAAAAGUCUUGGUGGAAACCGCAGAGGAACAACAAACACGCAUGUUCCAAGUGGUGGCCAACAAGGCUCGGCCUGGACAGACGAUUCUGGUGGUAUCUCACGGUGGACCAGUGACCCAUUUGUAUGAAAAACUCAGCGGAAAGCAUUGGAAUGUCCAUGGAGAAUCCAAGUAUUGCUGCUACAGCAUUUACGAAUGUGAUUCACCCGAGAAGAUGUCCGAGGUUUGGAAAACAGUUGUAGUCAACGAGUCCAAGUAUCUGGAUGACCUCUGGUCUGAUGGAACUGCUAAUAUCUAG